AUGACUGGUGUAGGAUGUGAUUUGAAGUCGAGGAAGCUUGCUCCUCGGUUUAUUGAUCUGUAUGAGAUAUUCGGGCGAGUUGGACCUGUUGCUUAUAGAGUGGUGUUACCACUGAAAUUUUCAAAUCUAUAUGACGUGUUCCAUGUUUCACAACUUCGGAAGUAUGUUCUGGAUCCGUCGCAUGUGAUUCCGAUGGAUGAUGUUCAGGUGAGAGAUAACCUUAUAGUUGAGGAUCUGCCUAUUAGGAUUGAUGAUCGAGAACUAAAACAGUUGAGAGGCAAAGAGAUUUCUCUCGUGAAUGUAGUGUGGGAGGCGCUGCCGGAGGAAAUAUGA